AUGCGCUCCGCUACGACGUUUGUUGGCCUGCUCGCCGCCGCGGGCAGCGUCUCUGCCUCCCACGGCGCCCAGCGCAUGCGCCGGCACCACCGCUCCGCCGCGAAGCGCGACGUCGUCUCCGGCACCGCGUACUACGGCUACCAGAACGACCGCACGACCGCGUGCGGGACGGUGUCCUCCGACGACGACUUCGUCGCGGGCGUCCACGCAGCGUACUACGGCGACAUCUGGUCCGCCUCGGACAAGUGCUUCCAGCAUAUCACCGUGUACUACGGCGACAAGUCGAUCGAUGUGACGCUCACUGACGCCGCGAACACGACGGCGAGCACGGGCGAUGGCGAUAUCUACCUCUCAACGGCCGCGUUCACCGCGCUGGCCGGCUCGCUCGACGUGGGCAUGAUUGAUGUUACCUGGGAGUGGGCUAGCGGUGCUGCCUCGGUUGCGGAUGCGCCGACGACCCAGGAAGCCGCCACCACCAGUUCCGAGAGCGCGCCGACUACCUCUUCCUCCCCCGCCCCGCCUGCGACCACCGAUGCCGCGCCGACUACGACUGAUGCUCCUACGACCGCGCCUGCGUCUACAUCUACGUCCGCACCCGCUACCUCCAGCAGCGCCCCCUCUGGCUCCUCGAACGAGGGCUGGAAGGUGUACCAGUCCCUGACCGGUGACACGCUCAUCAACUACUUCGGUUUCGAUGAGGGCCAGUCCGACAACUCUGGCGUCGCGAACUACGUGAACGGCAAGGACACCGGCCUCGUCUACACUGGCAACGACGGCAAGGUCUACAUCAACGUCGACACGACGCAGAACGUCGGGCUUCGCAACUCGGUCCGCAUGACUUCUGCUGAGAAGUUCAACCCAAGCACCGCGUCGUUGUUCAUCUUCGACGUCGAGAAGGUCCCCGCUGUUUGCGGUGUCUGGCCCGCGAUCUGGUUCACCGGCUCUGGCACCUGGCCGUACAGCGGUGAGGUCGAUGUCAUCGAGGGUGUGAACCAGUAUACGCAGAACAUCGUCUCCAUCCACACCGGCCCGGGCUGCACCUUCGCCGACAGCGCCGUCUCCUCGCUCACCAAGGCCGCCCUCGUCUCGGGCGCGGGCCUGAACUGCGACGCGACCGUCGACACCAUGGGCUGCGGCUUCUCGAUGUACGACACCGCGUCGUACGGCACGGGCUUCAACGCGGUCGGCGGCGGCGCGUACGCGGUGCAGAUGUCCGACGACGGCAUCUCCGUCUGGUUCUGGCAGCGCGACCAGAUCCCCGCGGACGUGACGAGCGGCGGGCCGAACCCGAGCUCGUGGGGCGCGAGCGUGGUCACGUACUCGUCGGCGUCGUGCGACAUGAGCAGCCACUUCCAGGACUUGAUGCUUAUUAUCACGAACAACCUCGGCGGGACGUUCCCCGAGGGUGUGUGGCACACGGCGGGCUCGGGCGGGCAGGCGCAGAGCUGCGCGGACAUUACGGGCUUCGACUCGGCGGCGAACUUUGUGCAGAACUCGGGUGCCUCGUUCGCGGAUGCGCAAUUUAUCAUCAACUCCUUCACGAUCUACCGGUACUAG